GUUUACACCUUGAAAAAUCUUGUCAAUAUGCUAGUGCUUGCAUCACCCAUGAUCUCAUAUAUUGAACGACUCGUCAAAAUUUAGGCGAGCUAUCCUAUAUAAUCACUGCACGAAAAUUUCCCACUCUUUAGUCCAAAUAUCUAUUUGAGAGAUUUGCUUGCAGGAAGAAAAAUGGGUUACGUUGGUUUGAUUCUAGGAUCUUUAGGUGCGAUAAUCAUCACAAUUCUUUGGAGGGAAUUGCUGAUUCUAGUAUGGAGGCCUUAUGUUAUAACAAAGAGGUUCAGGAAACAAGGGGUUAAUGGGCCUAAGUACAAAUUUUGGUCAGGUUGUCUUGAGGAAAUAAGAAGUUUGAAGAAAGCUGCAAGGGAUACAGAAAUGGAUGUCCACUCUCAUGAUAUAAUUCCUAGAGUUCUUCCUCAUUAUUUCAAGUGGAUGAAUCAAUAUGGAGGAAGGUUUUUGUACUGGAUUGGAUCAAAUCCGAGGAUUUGUAUAACUGAUGCAGAGCAAGCUAAGCAAGUUCUAUCGAACAAGUUUGGUUUUUAUACGAAGAUCAAACCGAAUGGACCCGUCUUGGCUCUUUUGGGUAGAGGAUUGGUUUUGACUGAUGGCUCCGACUGGGCCAGACACCGGAGAGUUGUUAGCCCUGCUUUCACCAUGGAUAAGCUCAAGAUCAUGGUAAAAAAAAUGGCAGAAUGCACAGAAUCCAUGCUAGAUACUUGGCAUGAUCGGAUGGUUCGAGCGGAAUCAAUCGAGGUGAACCAACAGUUUCAGGAGCUAACAGCAGAUGUCAUCUCUCAUGCUGCAUUUGGGAGCAGCUACAUCGAGGGGAAAGAAGUGUUUUUGGCACAGAAAGAGCUCCAGUUUCUCGUCCUAGCCAGUAUGCUCAACAGACCCAUCCCCGGAUACAGUUAUCUUCCUACAAAGUUGAACCUCAAGAAAUGGGAACUUGAAAGAAAAAUGAGAAACGCACUACUCCGCAUUAUAGAUAGCAGGUUAAGUUCCAAGGGCUCAGGCUACGGUAAUGAUCUACUGGGCAUAAUGUUGGAAGCCACUCAGAAGCAAGAGGGCAUGCAGUUGAACACGAAUGAGAUCAUCGACGAGUGCAAGACUUUCUUCUUCGCUGGACACGAGACAACAUCCCACCUACUAACAUGGACUGUGUUCUUAUUGAGCACAAACCAAGAAUGGCAAGAGAAGUUGAGAGAAGAAGUAAUUAGAGAAUGUGGUGUAAAAGUUCCCAAUGCCGAUAACUUGACCAAGUUCAAAUUGGUGACCAUGGUUCUAAUGGAAGCUUUGAGACUUUAUUGUCCAGUUAUCAUGAUAUUAAGGCAGGCUGCGAAGGAUAUGAACUUGGGAGGUUUUAUGAUACCCAAGGGAACUUCAGUGACAAUUCCCUUUGCGAUCAUUCACCUGAGCAAAGAGCUCUGGGGCGAUGAUGCAAACAAGUUCAACCCGCUAAGGUUUGAGAACGGGAUCAACAAAGCUGCCAAGCAUCCAAAUGCGCUGCUCGCGUUCUCAAUGGGGCCAAGAGCUUGCGUCGGUCAGAACUUCUCGAUGCUGGAAGCGAAAACAGUCAUUGCCAUGAUCCUUCAAAGGUUCUCAUUCUCUCUAUCUCAGGAAUACAAGCACAAGCCUGCAGACUUGCUUACAUUACAACCUCAGAAUGGGCUUCCCAUUGUUUUCAAACCUUUGGUCACUGAACGUGCGGAUGCAUCCAAUUAGUAAGGAACAUGCAAAUUACGAUUGGUGUUUAGACACCUUAAAUGAAAAGUUUGAUGUUCAUUUCAACUGGGAUAUUUAUAUGUGAGUAUGUAUUUACAUUGGAAGAGAAGCAUGUAAAAUGUCGAACUUGAAUUGAAAGUUGGGAUGUAGAGGUAGAGGGUUUGGUUUUUGUGUCAAAGUCAUCCUCAGCCUCUAUUCUAGAUCCAUAUUAAGUUUGAUUCUACGUGAUCUCAGCAAGUGAAUGUUUCUCUGUUUAA